AUGACGAUCCAUGUUUCAGGAAAAUCAGUGCGAAUCGUCACAGCAGAAUCUGAACUACCUCCACCAAAUGCUCCAUCCAUUGGCAUUGGCUGUGGAGCC